GUACGCGCUAACCGGCUGCCGCUUGGCCCGUGAUUUUGCCUGCCUGUAGUCGUACGGCUUCUCCCUCUUGCUCCGCAGCUCAUACACGCGUCUCCACGCGCGCGACACGCUGCCGGAUCUCGCCGAGUCGCCGAUCCCACGACCUGCUGCUGCAACUCACUUCCGCCUAGGCAUCCAACCACACGACUGCUUCUCCAUCCUCUGGAUCAACAUACAACGGCCUCUCCAACCUUGCUCUGAUACCACUUGUUAAAAUAAAUCCGAGGCACGCGGGUCGAUCCACCGAGGAACAAGCAAUCACAGACAAUGAUGACACCGAGAUUUGUUAACGAGGUUCGGCGAACUCGCCUACUCCCCGGGGCAAUGACUACGGGCGCUCCUCCCCGAGAUACCGCAACACCGGCCACCCGGGCGCCGGCACAAGCCGCCAGCACCCCCUUGCGAGCCUGUCGCUAUCUAGUCAUCAUGGGUUACAACGUGGGGUGCCUCCUCAUAUAUAAGAGGCCAAGGGUACAACGUGUCCGACUCCGACACUACAAGUAUCCUACCCACACUACAACACCAAGUCCAAGAGUAACCCAACUAGUACAAAAUAUUCGACACAAACACAACACACACAAUGACGAAAAGCCGUACCACUUCGACGCUCAGGGCAUCGACAUCAAAGCGACCGUCACCGUCCGAGCAUCCACGGUAGAGGCGUGGAUAUCGCGCGUGUGGACCAACUUCCUCCGGGACGCCGAGAGGAAGCUCGUCGGCCUCGACACCGAGUUCAGCAACCCCGUCUUCGGGAAGAGGCAGAAGGACCUGCCAAAGGAACAGAAGCAGCGCGCCGCCGUGCUCCAGCUCUGCGUCGCCAACGAGUGCCUGGUGUACCACAUCGUGCACGCGAGGCGCAUACCGGCAAUGCUCAGGAUGUUUAUCGCCGACAAGGACAUCGUCUUCUGCGGAGCCGGGAUCAGCCAGGACCAGGAGAUGCUGGGCUACUACGGGCUGAACAUCGCGUCUUCCUUCGACCUGCAGGAGCGCGUUGAGAUUCCAAAGAGCAUCUGCAGCAAGCCUACCCCAUCGUUGAUUGAUUUAUCGAACUACCUGCUGGGAACAAAGCUCACCAAGGAUGGGGAGAGCGAGAGGUUAAGGAGGUCGGGAUGGGGUGCGUUCCCGUUGACCCUUGAACGGAUCAGGUAUGCGGCGGUUGAUGCUCGUCUGAGCUUCGAGGUCGCUAGGAGGCAUUUCCGAUCUGCUUCCUACGAUCGCCCUGGCGACCGCUUAAAUUCGUCGUGAUUAGAUGAAGUAG